AUGGGCUCACGUCGAACAAUACUAAUAAUCCUCUGCUGGAUUCCUCUCGGCGCAUGCCGCGUGCACCAGGAUGACGCGUUCAAAACACCGGCGGAGCUCGUAAGAGGCCAGGGCUACCCUUGUGAAGAGUUUUCUACGGUGACGAAAGACGGCUACAUUCUCACCCUCCAACGGAUACCAUCAGGAGUCCGGGCUCACGCUCCGAGACAUGGAACGCCCGUUCUAUUGGUGCAUGGACUAUUCUCAUCGGCCGCCGAAUGGGUCAUCAACUAUCCGCAUCAAAGCCUGGGCUUCAUCCUCGCGGACGCUGGCUACGAUGUCUGGCUCGGGAACUUCAGAGGUACUCCUUAUUCCAACACGCACACGACCAAGCCGAAAAAUUCCCGGGAUUAUUGGUCUUACAGCAUGGACGAAGUCGCCUUGUACGACAUUCCGCGACUCAUAGACUUCGUGUUGAACUCGACAGGGACCACGUCGCUUUUCUACGCGGGUUUCUCGCAGGGCAACAUGGCAGCCUUCGCAAUGUUAGCCGAGUUGCCCGAAUAUAAUCCGAAAAUCCGCUUGAUGGCCGCCAUAGCACCAGUGUGCAACAUGACAUUCAUCAGAUCACCCGCGAGAUUCUUGGUACCCUUCUCGGAGAUUCUCACUCUCGGCUCGAAUGUGAUCUCCAACGGAGCACUGUUGACCGUGUCACCUACGCGGAAACAGCUCAUGUAUUCUUUCUGUGAGCGACCUUGGAGAUUUCUGUGCGGUCUGCCGACUUUCCUCAUGUUCGGAGUCAGUCUCAAGCAUUUGAAUACGACGCGGAUUCCAGUCUACUUCUCCCACCUGCCGGCGGGAGCUGCCAAACGGAACGUGGCACAAUUUGCGCAGUUCAUCAGAGCCUCGAAUUUCCGUCGAUUCGAUUACGGUGUAGAAGAGAAUCGGAAAAGGUACGGGUCGGAGCUUCCUCCAAAGUAUGAGACUCUCCGGAUCACAGCGCCCAUUGCCUUGAUCCAUAGCACAGGGGACUACUUCGGUAACCCAGACGAUGUCGCCGUGCUCCGCAAGUCUCUGCGUACCGUUGUUUGGGAUUACUCAGUCCCAGACGACCAUUUCGUGCACCUAGAUUUUGUAUUCGGCGUCGACGCUAGGGAGCUCGUGUAUGAUCCCUUACUGAAAUUCAUGGAGCAACUUCGGCGGUCAGAUCCAGAAGAUAGUGUCGUGUAG